AUGGGUUUUCGUAUUUUCGUUUGUCUCUCGAUUCUUUUAUCUUUCUUCAUUACAACAGAAGUAUAUGGUCAUUGGUGCAUUGCCACGGCCACUUCUACACUUUCUCACACUAAAACAGUAUGCGGUAAAAGACAUCAUCGGCCAACUGGGCUUAUUUGUGGUCAUCCCGAGAAAAGACAUGUCCCAAGAUGCUCCUGGACAACAACUCGCACUGUUGCUACUGUUACCUGCACCCCGGUGUGUCAAGCACACAACCACUUGCACAAAGACUAA